AUGUCUUCACCAUCAUCAACAACAUCAUCUAAUCCCAAUACAAUAUCACCACCACAUAGAAUUAAUAUUGGUGGUAUAGGAGGAGUAGGAGGAGAUGUAUCAUCAUCACCUAUAUCACCUUCAUUGUCCUAUGCAUCACCUCAAUCACCUAGUCAAUCACCUCUAACACCAUUAUCGGCAUCUGUUAGAAGAGCGCCUCCUUCAAUACCAGACUAUGAUCCAAACGAUCCCGAGCAGGUUAGAAAAAAGUGCGAGAAUCAACUACAACAACCAGACUCUAUCAUGACCGUAGAGAUUGCUCAGGUCAUGAAAGAUUAUAUAACCAAUGGAGGAUCUCCUCCUGAUGUUAUUCGAUUUCUAUCAGAAAGUUAUAGAGGAUAUGCUCAAAUGUGUAAUCUACUUUGUAAUUGGUUAUCUGUAUCUGGUGUAUCAAGAGAUCAAGUUAAUGCAAUGUUUAAAAAACAUCUAAAGGAUAUUAUCAUUGAUAAGUUUGAUCCUAAAAAGGCUGAUACUAUCUUUUUAUCUUCACCACCACAAUGGUUAGAUGAAAUGAUUGCAGAUGCAGAUUGGAGAUCAUUAAUCUAUCACUUGUCAGAAGUACACAAGAAUUGUUUAAUGUUGAAUUUUGCCAUUCAAAAAAUAUCAGAUGCAGGAUACCAAAAUGAAAUUGCAUCACUUAGUACUGCAUCAACCUAUUUUAGUGUAUUCAACAAAGUAUUUUUAGAUUCAUUGACUCAUUUAAUACAAUUGGAUGAAAUUGAAUUACAAGAUGCGAUUGGUGAAUUUAAAAAAUCAUGUUGUAGUAGUCAACAUACAUAUUUAUAUGCACAAUCAUUUUUACAAAACUUGAUUCAUAAACAUCCCAAUGCAUUGAAUCUAAAAAGAAUUUCACAAGAUUUGGAAGACGAAGCCUAUAAAAAGAGUAAAAUAGCAAGAAAGGUAUCAUUGAUGAUCAACAAUGUCUCUCAAUAUCCAGUCAUCUAUGAAACUCUCACCUCUGUCCUAACAGCAAACUCUGCAUCAACUGGUGAUAUCAUCAAACUAUACAAUGAAUAUACAAAACCAAAUCCUCCACCUGUCAGUUUUUUAAGAUUUCCAAGUUUAUUAGAAUUAUUAUUAAAUGAUUUAUUUAAUCCAUCAAAAAAUAUUCAAAAUGCGCACAAAUCCAAAUGGAUUUAUUUAAUUUCAUAUGCUGCCAGUGUACAACAACAACAACAACAAUCAGAUAAUCAACAACAACAACCACCACCAGUUCAAACACAACAAUUAGAUCAAGCACAAAUGAAUGAAACAAUGAGAGCAAUUGAAAAAGUACAAGCUAUAUGUCAAGCAAAUCCAAUUGGUACAGAAUUACAAGGUGUAUAUCCCAUUUUAAAGGAAGGAAUAUCAUACCCAAUCAUAUCAAUGGGUAUUUUACAAUGGAUUCAAUAUAAUUUGAUGAACACGAAUAACCUUAGCGCCAAUACACUAUGUACACCCAUUUACCUUGAAUUUCUUAGAGAAAUAUCAAUGAAACAUCCACUUCAUAGACAACUAGUUUUAAAUACUCUUGUCAAUUAUUUUGAAUUGGAAACUGAUUUGGAUUCUUUAACUGCUCUUGAAAUGAGAAAAACAAUUAUAGAUAAUUUAGUAUUUUUAUUUAGUUUGGGACAUGUUAUACCAGUAUUAAAUAGUAUUAAAAGUUGGGCAAAAUUGGAUCAAAUCGAUCCUUCUCUUGUUAGAUAUUUUAUAAAUCAAGUAUUGGAUAUUAUCGAACAACCCUAUUCCAAAACAUUUAUACAAACCAUGAAAGCUUUAAUUUCAUCUGUUACCACUGUAUCUCCUGCUUCAACUGAUCAUAUGAAAGAUAAUAUUCAAAUAUUUUUAGAUCAUUGUAAAUAA